CGAAUACGCGUUCGGAAUGCGCCAGAAUGAAAAACGAAAGCGUCAUGGUCCUGGUUUCGCUCUAUAGGGUGUCUAUGGUCUAGCUUGCUCAGCUUCAUUUAUAUCGUUACUUUCUUUAGGUAGGUGUUCUAUCAAGAUUGUGGCAACCAUGCUCGAAGUGAAGGAACACCUCAUGUGACGUGUACUUGUGGAAUGCAGAAUUUUAGAGUGCGCUGUGGAAGCCAGCGCAAGAAAACGCCAAUAACCUGCAACGCGCCUGCUAACAUUUUAUUCUGCCCAUGAGCUGCAGACCGGUGUAGUCAUUACGCUGCGGACUGGACUGCAUUGACUGCAGGCAGGUUUUGGUUCAUCCGCAACGGAGAACUAUACUGCGCAGCACAGAAGCCCCAACCGAUACAACGACGACGAACUGUGCCAGAGCACGGUCAUAGUACUCACGGUCGAUGCUGAUGCUAUAGGAAGCUCGCCCCAGCCUUUUUCAGCGUUUGCGAUGACGCAAAGAGACUUGGAAGUGCUUUGCGGUGUACUCGCCCGAAUGUCCACGGAAGAACUGCUGUCCCUGAAGGAAGCCGACAUCUGGUGGCUACCAGACCUGACGGAUGUUACGCAGAUGCAGGCCACUCACUCCAUUCGACUUGCCCUGGAAGAUUUUUAUGCGGAUGAGACCCGUACCUUCCUCGUUGCCUGGCUCUACUGCUGCCUCGCGGAAAGGGAACUGCUGCGCUCGUGGCAUUCGUAUCGUGUCACCAGAGCACCCACUCCCACGGCGACGCUCACCGCCCACUUCAUUCUGCAUGAGCGAUUGGCGACUGUUUUGAAGUAUCCGGGUUGCCAUACCAAGUGCGCUAAGACCGAGAGUGCAGGUGUCGUCUACGCCUGCGUCAUGGCCACGCGUCCCGGAGACGUGCUAUUGGAGCACGACGUUAUCUGCUUGUGCGCUCCGCGUUCGCUGCCAUGUCUGUUGGUCCACGCCACGACAAGGUGCGAGUUGCGCCUCGCUGCCGCUCUCCAUGUCGCGCUGCAAAAGAAGCCCGAAGAAUUACUAGGAGGUCACUUCGACAAACUCGGUUUAGCAUUUGCCAGUUUCAGUGAACCCAGGGCUGACGUUUGUGGAUGGUUUAUGAGUAACGCGCCGGACAAGACAGGACGCCUCUUGAAGACUUGUGACCGGACAGACCAGACACUGGCCGACCAACCUGGCCAUCCUUUUGCUGAAGCAAUUAUCGUGGAUGAUAUAACCAGCGCAUUGCUUCUGACGCCACCACCCGAUGACUCCGCCACCGACGAAGAGAAUACCCAUUUUCUCAGUGGAAACAAUGUUGGGGUGGGACCGCCAUCAGCCAGUGGCAGGCGAAGUGAGCAGCAGACUUAAUGGCAUUUUCAUCUGCCAUGACUCCCACCAGGUCGUCUACGAGGCUUCCAAUCAAACAAAGGAGAUCUCCUUCGCUUGUCCAAGCCACGAAAGCGAGUGGUACAAAGAACGCGUAUAGUGCAUUUGUGAAAGGUGCCGGUACAGGCCACACAGUGCGAAGUUAAUUGAGCACUACGAAGAUUUGACGAAGCAUGUGUGAAACUCCAUGAAAGAAGCGUCACUGUAAGGAGGAGCCCUUCAAUCCUUGCCCUGGACCUAAUGAUGGGCUAUGGUAUCCAAUCCACACGACGUGGCCGCAAAAUUCUGGCUAUGGAUAUUGACGACCACAGAUGUCUUCACUAACUUUAAGGCAAAAAUUACCUUUCCACCCACGUUUUUUACCUCCGGCUUCGUUAUUGACCAAAUUACCUACUACUGCCAUUUUUAAAAAGCGCGAUGACGUGAAGACCAUGAGUUACUGUAUUUAAAACCGCGGAGUGCUCACUGCGAAAGUGACGUUUCUGGUCCGAAAACAUUUAAUGCAGUGUGUUUAGGCCCGUACUGCUAAGCUUUCUGCACAGUGUUUUUAUAUUUAUGACGUGUUUUUAUAUUUAUGACGUG